CUCUUAUUUUGAAGAUUAGCGGAUGGUCCGCGUUAUUUACUGUCCCCCCUCAGACUGCGCUGUAUUUGACUUCGACAGAAUAAAGUAUGGAGUCUCCCAGUGUAACCUCAGUGGUCCUGCUGGCCUGCGGCUCCUUCAACCCCAUCACCAACAUGCACCUGAGGUUGUUUGAGCUGGCUCGAGAUCAUCUGGAAGACACAGGUCAGUACAAGGUGGUGAGUGGCCUCAUCUCUCCUGUGGGCGAUGGCUAUAAGAAGAAGGGUUUGAUUGAGGCCUCCCACCGUCGGGAAAUGGCCAGAUUGGCCACAGAGAACUCAGACUGGAUCACCGUAGAUUCCUGGGAGAGCUUGCAGCCUGAGUGGGUGGAGACGGUUGCGGUGAUUCGGCAUCACAAUGAGAAACUGCUCGAGACACAGCAGAACUGCGAUGAGAUGGACACAGUCAAAUACACCAAAAAGAGACGAAUAGAGAAUCGUUAUGAAGCUUCAUCUCAUCAGAAAAGGAGAGACGGCCCUAAGGUGAUGUUGCUGUGUGGGGCUGACGUCCUGGAGUCCUUUGGGGUCCCCAAUCUGUGGAAGCAGGAGGACAUCGAUGAGAUCGUGGGUGGCUACGGUUUGGUCUGCAUCACUCGCACUGGCAACGACCCGCACAAGUUCAUCAACAAGUCGGACGUGCUGUGGAAGCAUCGCAGAAACAUCCACUUGGUCCACGAGUGGGUGACCAACGACAUCUCCGCCACUCACAUGCGUCGGGCGCUUCGUCGACGUCAGAGCGUCAGGUACCUGCUGCCAGACGCUGUGGUGAGCUACAUUCAACAGAACGACCUCUACAGUGCAGAGAGCGAGCAGAAAAACGCUGAUGUGGUUCUUGCACCGCUUCAGAGAUACUUGGAGGCGUCCUCGAAUUGUAUUCACACGCACAUCUCAGGAGGAAUAAAAGAGAUCAACAAAAUGCCUACCAGCCUCUGUGGCACAUGGGACACUAUCAGCAAUGUCAACUUUGAGGGUUACAUGAUUGCACUGGGCAUCAGCCCUUGCUUAAGAAAGAUAGCUCUGAAGCUGAAGCUGAGGAAGGUGAUUGAGCAGCAGGGAGACCAGUUCAUCAUCAAAACGCUCUCCCCCCUCAAAUCCUACACCCUCUCCUUCCGAGUGGGCCAGGAGUUAGAGGAGUUCACCCAAGGACUGGACAACAGACACAUCAAGUCACUGGUGACAUGGGAGGGGAAUAAACUGGUGUGUGAACAAUCCGGAGAGAAGAAGAACCGCGGCUGGACUCACUGGAUUGAAGACAACAAGCUACAUCUGGAGUUGUACUGUGAAGGAGAAGUUUGCAAGCAGGUUUUUAAGAAGAAUGUGUCGGAGUGAAGAAGACAGAGAGUUGUAUUAGGUGAUGAAUGACAUUGUGUGUCAGAUCCACUGACCUACAACAAAAGAAAUGUUUUAAAAGUUCAGGUUGUGGUAUUUUCUCUGUAACGAGACAUCAGCGCUUAGUUCAGGCAGAAUAUAACCUGUCAGGGUGUGGAUGUACACCAGUAGAUGGCAUCCAUGCAUUACUUUAGUCAGACUACAUAGGUCUGUAGCUUGCUGGUGCUGGCCUCAGGUAAUAUAUAUAAAGAAUGAAGAGCAGCAAGCAUGUUUAUUGUGCCUUUCAGCUGGCUGAAAAAGAAGCCUUUAUAACCAGCCUCUGAAACUUAUUGUUCCUCAGAAAUCUCGUUUGUACAAAUUAUAAUAGAUACAUUUUCUUUGCAGUGGCUUUUUGCUCUUAUUCUGGCAUUUGGUUGAGCUAUAUGUAAAAUCUAAAUCUCGGGUUCAUGCAAAUACUCAAUGUACAGCAAAAGUGAGGUGCACUAUGUGUGGAAUGAAGUUUUGCUUUGGAAUUCUGUGAAAUAAAAAUGGUUUUGAAAAUAA